CAGACUUAGAUCAAAUCCGUUGGUUGGUACCUCGGUGCUGUGCAAGUUUCAAGUCUGGAUUCGCUGCAUUUUGUGUUUUGUUUUUCAGAAAAAAAAUGGAAAAGCCACUAAGAAAAACUAUACAUCAGCUGAUAAUUUUGAUGAUGUUAUGAUUUUCAGCACAUAAUAUGAAUUGUUAGUUAUGUUUUUGGCCCCCAAAUUUGCCCGACUUGAUUCCGAGGUAUCGUGGGGGCCUAGGCGUGAGGAGACAUGUCCGUCGCCUCUGAUUCAUUCUCUGAGGAGGAGGUCAGCCUAUUCCGUCCAUUCACACGCGAGUCACUUGCGGCGAUCGAGGCUAGAAUCGCGGAAGAGCAUGCCAAGCAGAAGGAGCUCGAAAAGAAAAGAGCUGAAGGAGAGACCGGUUUUGGACGCAGGAAAAAGAAAAAAGAAAUUCGGUAUGAGGACGAGGACGAAGAUGAAGGCCCCCAACCGGACGCUACUUUGGAGCAGGGCCUGCCAAUACCGGUACGUCUCCAAGGCAGCUUUCCUCCAGAACUGGCCAGUACGCCGCUUGAAGACAUCGACCCUUUUUACCAUAACCAAAUGACUUUUGUAGUUGUAAGUAAAGGCAAGGACAUAUUUCGAUUUAGUGCAACAAAUGCUCUUUGGAUUCUCGAUCCAUUUAACCCAAUUCGACGGGUGGCCAUUUACAUUCUUGUACAUCCUUUAUUUUCCCUCUUCAUUAUCACUACAAUCCUUGUCAACUGUAUCCUUAUGACCAUGCCUACAACUCCCACCGUAGAGUCAACCGAAGUGAUUUUCACGGGAAUCUACACGUUCGAAUCAGCUGUGAAGGUGAUGGCGAGAGGUUUUAUUCUUCAACCGUUCACCUACCUUAGAGAUGCAUGGAACUGGCUCGACUUCGUAGUCAUAGCUUUAGCUUAUGUUACAAUGGGUAUAGACCUUGGAAAUCUUGCUGCCUUAAGAACGUUUAGGGUACUUCGAGCUCUAAAAACUGUUGCUAUUGUACCCGGUUUGAAGACUAUUGUUGGAGCUGUUAUCGAGUCUGUAAAAAAUCUACGUGAUGUGAUAAUUUUAACAAUGUUUUCCCUUUCCGUUUUUGCACUUAUGGGUUUACAAAUUUACAUGGGUGUCCUUACGCAGAAAUGCAUCAAAAACUUUCCCAACGACGGUUCUUGGGGAAAUCUCACCGAUGAAAACUGGGAGAGAUUCGUUAGUAACGAGACCAACUGGUUCUUUGAUCCGGACAAAGGCGAAAUUCCCUUGUGCGGGAACUCCUCUGGUGCUGGGCAGUGUAAACCCGGUUACACCUGUCUGCAAGGUUACGGUGAAAAUCCAAAUUACGGCUAUACUAGUUUCGAUACGUUUGGAUGGGCCUUUCUUUCUGCCUUUAGAUUAAUGACUCAGGACUAUUGGGAAAAUUUAUAUCAGCUGGUGCUGCGAUCAGCUGGUCCAUGGCACAUGUUGUUUUUUAUCGUCAUCAUAUUUUUAGGAUCCUUUUAUUUAGUUAAUUUGAUAUUGGCUAUCGUCGCUAUGUCUUAUGAUGAACUGCAGAAGAAAGCGGAGGAAGAAGAAGCGGCCGAAGAGGAAGCAAUCAGGGAAGCAGAGAGGGCAGCACAGGCGAAGCAAGACAGAGCAGAAGCGAGGGCAGCAGCGGCAGAAGAGUCACGUCAGGCAGCACUACAAGCUUCCCUAGCUGCAGAGGCAGGACCAGACAUAGUCAAGUCGCCUUCCGACUUCUCCUGUGCCAGCUACGAACUCUUUGUCGGGGCAAAAGGCCACGAUGACAACAACAAGGAGAAGAUGAGCAUUCGAUCAGAAGGAUUAGAUUCUGUGAGUGAGCAGAGAAGAAUUCCUACUAAUCCCACCAAGAUGCGGAAAGUCAGCGCUGCAAGUCUCAGUCUACCUGGAUCCCCGUUCAAUCUGCGGCGUGGCUCCAGAGGUAGCCACCAGUUCACGUUACGUAACAAUCGGCGAAUGGUGGCACCACCUGGUGACCGCAAGCCACUGGUUCUGUCCACCUAUCUUGAUGCCCAGGAACACCUACCUUAUGCUGACGAUUCCAAUGCCGUCACACCGAUGAGCGAAGAGAACGGAGCCAUGGUCGUUCCCAUUUACUACGCCAAUCUGGGGUCACGUCACUCAUCGUACACCUCGCACGCUUCUCGGAUGUCAUACACUUCUCACGGGGACUUACUGGGUGGAAAUGGAAAAGGCAUGACCAAGGAAAGCCAGCUCAGGUGCCGAUCAAUGAGAAAUGGACCGGCAGCUGCGAAUAAUUUUACAGAGUUCACGCAUCGACCCCACAGAGGAGACUACGACGGGCCCACGGGACAGAUUUCCGAAGGAAAGCUGAAGCACCUCGACAAUCCAUUUAUUGAUUGCAACCAGAGACAGACAGUUGUUGACAUGAAAGAUGUCAUGGUAUUGAACGAUAUCAUCGAACAAGCAGCAGGAAGGCAGAGUGGCGCUAGCGAUCAUGGAGUUUCUGUUUAUUUAUUCUCAGCACAAAAUGAUGACGAAGAGGAUGAACCAACAGCGAAAGAACGUUUAUUAGAAUUUACUAUGAGAAUGAUAGAUAUUUUUUGCGUGUGGGACUGUUGCAGUCCUUGGCUCGCUUUCCAGAAGUUUGUGGCUCUCAUAGUAUUUGAUCCGUUCGUUGAACUGUUUAUUACCCUCUGCAUUGUUGUGAACACCCUAUUUAUGGCUUUGGAUCACCACAAAAUGGACCACGACUUAGAAAAAGCUCUAAAGAGUGGCAACUAUUUUUUCACCGCAACAUUCAUGAUUGAGGCGACGAUGAAACUGGUGGCGAUGAGUCCAAAGUAUUAUUUCCAGGAGGGUUGGAACAUAUUCGAUUUCAUAAUUGUAACCUUAUCACUGGUAGAGCUGGGGCUAGAGGGAGUCCAAGGUUUAUCCGUAUUAAGAUCUCUCCGACUGCUAAGAGUGUUCAAACUGGCCAAGUCAUGGCCGACUUUAAAUUUACUUAUCUCCAUUAUGGGUAGAACUAUGGGUGCUUUAGGUAACCUAACAUUCGUGCUGUGCAUUAUAAUAUUUAUAUUUGCUGUUAUGGGUAUGCAACUGUUUGGAAAGAACUAUACAGAUAAUGUCGAUAGAUUCCCUGACCACGAUCUUCCAAGGUGGAACUUUACAGACGUUAUGCAUUCCUUUAUGAUAGUGUUCAGAGUAUUAUGUGGAGAAUGGAUAGAAUCUAUGUGGGAUUGUAUGUUAGUUGGUGAUGUGUCUUGUAUCCCUUUUUUCCUAGCAACCGUCGUCAUUGGCAAUCUUGUGGUACUUAACCUUUUCUUGGCCUUGCUUUUGAGCAACUUUGGUUCAUCAAGUCUCUCGGCUCCGACAGCUGACAACGACACAAACAAAAUAGCGGAAGCCUUCGACAGAAUUGGUCGUUUUAUAAAAUGGAUAAAGGCUAGUGUUUCACAUAUCGCAAAACUGAUUCGGUUUAAAUUAACGAACCAAAUUUCCGACCAGCCGUCAGACACUCGAGAUGGAGGACUCGAUAUACCAGGUGAUGAAAUAUUAGCCGACGGAAUAAUAUUCAAAGAUAAAAAGAGCCCCAAAGACAGAUUGGAAGUAACAAUAGGUGAUGGUAUGGAAUUCACUAUUCACGGUGAUUCAAAAACAAACUUGAAGAGGGGCAAAAACAUUAACAAUAUCAAUAAAAGUAAAACAAUAGGAAACUCGAUUUUAGAUCACGGUGAAUUUCUUGGACAUUUAGAGGAUGAUGAAAUUAGUAACAAAUCGUACGGAAGCCACAAACACAGGUUCAAAGACGAAAGCCACAAGGGUAGCGCUGAUGUUUUAGAUGAACAUGAAGAAAAACGUGAUGCGAGUAAAGAAGAACUCGGUAUAGAUGAAGAACUAGAUGAAGAUGAAUGUGAUUGCCAAGGACCACUGGACGAAGAUCUGAUAUUAGACGCAGCCACAGAUGAUGUUAUUAUCGACGAAUACUCUGCCGAUUGUUUCCCAGAAAAAUGCUACAAAAAAUUCCCCUUCUUAGCAGGCGACGAUGACUCACCAUUCUGGCAAGGCUGGGCGAAUCUAAGAUAUAAAACUUUUCGCCUGAUAGAAAACAAGUACUUUGAAACAGCCGUUAUUACAAUGAUUUUACUGAGCAGUUUGGCAUUGGCCUUAGAGGAUGUUCAUCUGUCGCAGAGACCAAUAUUGCAAGAUAUUUUGUACUAUAUGGAUAGAAUAUUUACAGUAAUAUUUUUCUUUGAAAUGUUGAUAAAAUGGUUAGCGUUAGGGUUCCAAAAAUAUUUCACAAAUGCAUGGUGCUGGUUAGAUUUCAUAAUCGUAAUGGUGUCUUUGAUCAAUUUCGUGGCGUCUUUGUGUGGGGCGGGAGGAAUCCAAGCAUUUAAGACGAUGAGAACGUUGCGAGCUUUGAGACCACUACGUGCAAUGUCUCGGAUGCAGGGCAUGAGAGUUGUAGUAAACGCAUUGGUACAAGCUAUACCAUCUAUCUUCAAUGUAUUGCUAGUGUGCUUAAUAUUUUGGUUGAUUUUCGCUAUUAUGGGCGUACAGUUAUUUGCAGGCAAAUAUUAUAAGUGUGUAGAUAACAAUAAAACGACACUAAGUUACGAAAUUAUCCCAGACUACAAUGCCUGCAAAGCAGAGAAUUAUACCUGGGACAACUCUCGAAUGAACUUCGACCACGUCGGAAAAGCAUAUCUCUGCUUAUUCCAAGUAGCCACAUUCAAAGGAUGGAUCCAAAUCAUGAACGAUGCUAUAGAUUCAAGAGAGACAAAUAAGCAACCCAUUAGAGAAACCAACAUCUACAUGUAUCUGUAUUUCGUAUUCUUUAUUAUUUUUGGAUCAUUCUUCACCCUCAACCUGUUUAUUGGAGUAAUCAUCGACAACUUUAAUGAACAGAAAAAGAAGGCAGGAGGAUCACUCGAGAUGUUCAUGACUGAAGACCAGAAGAAAUACUACAAUGCCAUGAAGAAAAUGGGUUCCAAAAAGCCAAUGAAAGCUAUUCCCAGACCGAGGUGGAGGCCUCAAGCAAUAGUAUUUGAGAUAGUGACGAAUAAGAAGUUCGACAUGAUCAUCAUGUUGUUCAUAGGUCUGAACAUGUUGACGAUGACGAUGGACCAUUAUCAGCAAAAGGAAACAUUCACGAAAGUUUUGGACUACCUCAAUAUGAUUUUCAUAGUUAUAUUCAGUACCGAGUGCCUCAUGAAAGUGUUUGCUUUGCGUUAUCACUAUUUUACAGAACCGUGGAACUUAUUCGAUCUAGUUGUUGUUAUAUUAUCUAUUUUGGGACUGGUGCUCAGUGAUAUUAUAGAGAAAUAUUUCGUGUCACCGACAUUACUGAGGGUCGUACGUGUAGCUAAAGUGGGUAGAGUUCUACGUUUGGUAAAAGGAGCCAAAGGCAUACGCACAUUGCUUUUCGCACUAGCCAUGUCACUGCCUGCGCUUUUCAACAUCUGUUUACUACUGUUUUUGGUAAUGUUUAUCUUUGCCAUAUUUGGGAUGUCGUUCUUCAUGCACGUCAAAGACAAGAGUGGCCUAGACGACGUCUACAACUUCAAGACCUUCGGACAAUCCAUGAUACUUCUAUUUCAGAUGUCAACAUCAGCUGGGUGGGAUGGCGUGUUGGACGGUAUUAUCAACGAGGAAGAUUGCAAGCAGCCAGACAACGAGAUUGGAGAGACGGGCAACUGCGGAAAUUCCACAAUAGGCAUAGCCUUUCUGUUGAGCUACCUCGUCAUAUCAUUUCUCAUUGUCAUAAACAUGUACAUUGCCGUUAUCUUAGAAAACUAUUCCCAAGCAACCGAAGACGUACAGGAAGGCCUUACUGAUGACGACUACGAUAUGUAUUAUGAGAUAUGGCAACAAUUUGACCCAGACGGCACCCAGUACAUACGCUACGACCAGUUAUCAGAUUUUCUUGAUGUACUGGAACCACCUUUACAGAUACACAAACCAAACAAAUACAAAAUAGUUUCGAUGGACAUUCCAAUUUGCAAGGGUGACCUCAUGUUCUGUGUAGAUAUUCUAGAUGCUCUAACCAAAGACUUCUUUGCCCGCAAGGGUAACGCCAUUGAAGAAACUGCUGAACUAGCAGAAGUCCAAGGGCGACCAAAUGAGGCUGGUUACGAACCAGUCAGUUCCACUCUUUGGAGGCAACGGGAGGAGUAUUGCGCUCGUCUAAUCCAGAAUGCGUGGCGCAAGCAUAAGCGAAACCGUGGUGGAGCCACUGACCAAUCCGAUGAGGGGGAGGUGGAUGGCGAGGGCGAGCCAGAGGCAAGACAAACAGCAGUCUUAGUGGAAAGAAAUGGGCACAAGGUAGUGAUACAUAGCCGUACACCCAGCAUCAGCUCACGUUCUGCGGACGUAUGAGACCGGCCUCGCCCCUCCCCAACCUCGCCAUAGCCAGAACGCUAUGCUAGAUGGCCACGACACGUUAUUUUAUCUCGGCAGAAUUCGUGUUGUUCCGUUACAUGCACAUAUACAUCGAAAUCCAAACAUAUAACCCAAAUUGUGUUUAGAGUUCUCUUGAGUUGAUAAUCUGAAUAUGUCCGAGAUAAAUCUUUACGUGAUGAAGUUUGUGCAGUGUAGUUUGAUGGAGAAGGUAUCGUUUCCCAAGUGUCAACUGCUUUGCUGCUCAUAUCGCUAUUGACUAUUGGUUAAUAUACUAACUGCUGUAUCAAUAGACAAAUAUAUUCGGUACAAUAUAAUAGUCGUAUGAUCAGUAAUUAUGUAAUUGUACAUUAUUAAAUACAUUUUGUAAAUUGUUAGUGUCUGAACCAGUGUCCCAGCACUGGUUCAAUCCAAUAAUUCACUAAGAGGUAUUUAAUAGUGUAUAAAAAACAUAGGAAGCCAGUUGAUUUAAAUGUAUUUCAUUUCUUUUAAUCUGUACAUCCUAUUAAUUUGAGAUGUUUAAACACUCGCCAAUGCCUUGAGUUUCACAAUUAGUCUAUAAGUUCCAUUAAAGAAAUUUAGUUUAAUUUAAACACUGAAAUUAAUAGGAACCGUAAAAUUCUUUAUAAAAUAAAAAACCACCAUAGGAAUACCCUAUAUCUAAUUAAUUGUUGUUGAACUGACAACCAAGAUUAGAAUAUGUUCAGUUUGCAAUGCUUGGAAAGCAAGCGAUGCGAACUGAACUUAGAUAGUACCUGAGUCAAUCGGCCUUAAAAUCAAGCCUUUAGCAAUACAAUGUACAAAUAUUAGUGUGACAGAAGUAAAUUCUAAGUUGAGAGCAACAUUUCCCAAGGUGCUCCCAAAUUAUCGUUUUAGCAAGCAUCAGUAUAUGUUACUGGUUUUAAGGUAGGUGACUCAGGUUGCCAACAUAAUUCAUAAAAGUGCAUAUUUUUGACCUACAACUGUUUCCUAUUUAUUUUACUUUAUAAGACACAAAAUGCACAAAUCGUGGGGAUAAUCAAAAAAGUGCAUUUUUUAAGAAUUUUGUAUUGAUAUUCUAAAAAUGGCCCAAAUCAAUGAACAAUAACUAAUAAUAUUAAAAGUGGACUAUUUUAAAAUCACGACAAGUUAUAUUUAUAAUGGUGCUUUCUUCAAUUGCUAAUAUUCAAGCUAUCUUCACAUGCUACAUGGACCGCUAAUGGGGGAGGGGCGAAUGGGAAAAAUUUGCAAAAAGUUCACAAAAUUUUUGUAUGCCUCAUACAAUAAUAACUAACAUUUAGUAUGUGUGACAUUUUUAUCUACACGUUUUCCCUAGCAAUAUGUAGCACAUGCUGCAACUGUUUUUAAAAUAUGUGCUUCUAUAUUAACUUAGUUUAUUAGAAAAUAAAUUAAUUCAUACCCUUUUGCAUUUUGAUCAUGAUGGCACAAAUUUAUUAUAGAUAACACAACUUUGUAUAUUAAACACUUGAAGUGACACAACAACAUUUUUUAUUAUGGCUGGACCAUUUAAACUAGUUUUUGUGAUGACCAUAAGUUUAAGCGAACUCACAAAAAUGUCACUCAUACCAAAGAAAAAAUUUAUUCAGAAUAAAUUUGGAAGUAACGAGAAAUACAAGCAACUGUGUUGUAGUUCUGCGUUAUCACGCUGUUAUAUUAUUUCGUUAUAUUAAUUAAUUAGUAUAUUAUUGUUAAAAUUUUAUAUAAAUAUUACAGGUGUGGACAAUGUGUGAUUGGCAAGUUUCGAUAUACUCAGUUAACAUUGUUUAUAACACCCUCUUUUAAUUAUACUGCCAUUCCCAGACAGUACACUUAACAAGAGGGGUUUCAAAAACCUGAAAAUAAUUCCAGGUUCAAUUACUAUGUCUGCUCAGAUUUUCUCUUAAUAACACGUGCCGUGCCGUUUUAAGAAAACAGUAAAUCUAUACUAUAUAAUAUAUAUAUAUAAAAAAAAUAUUUAAGGCAAUAAGAACAUGGUUGUUAUCGUUAAGUGAUUUAGAUUUAAUUAAGUGUUUGUUAUAAAUAAAACUGAAUAUCUGAGGAACAUUGUUGCCUUAUUUUAUAGAUUUUUCUAUAAAGAAACAAUGCCAAUGAAAUGUUGUCCAUUUACCGAGACGCAAAGUGAUAAAUAUAUUUAUACAGGCAAUCGCUAUAUACAAACUAAUUUAAAGCUCCACAGCUUUUUUAUGUUUAGUCACAAUUGUUUUUCCAGUACUAAAUUAAUUUCGUUAUUGUAGGUUAAUAAAUGAAUUUAUAAUAUAAAUAAAUAUGUUUGGUGGUACUCAAGUCUGUUUUAUAGUGUGCUAGGCAUACAAUGUUAUUGUUAAAUAGCUUUGACACUGUUUUAACAAUAAGCUGUAUGCAAUUUGUUAGAUUUUGUUAUUAUUCGAUAAAUUAAUAUACUAAUAUAUUAUGAAUGCCGUUCCAUAAUUAAAAAUGCAGACUUACCUAUAUCUUUGAAUCCAUCAAACAGUGUAUUAUGAAUGUAAGUUAAUUUAAUACAUAAAUAAAUAUAUUUACAGUCAUCAAUAUUUAAAAUUUCGACUAUAUUGAUUAAAUGAGUGGAAAAGGAGCUAACUCAUUAAUGAAAACACAAAAAGAUGAUACAUUUUGCACAUGACUGUAUACAUGCUUUUUUAUAUUUUGCAUCUAAUUUAAACAAAUAUGAUCGUGUAGAUACAGGUACAUGUACACUUAAAUUAAAUGUGUUCGGAACAUUGUAUCUACAUUUCAAAAAACUCAUUCAUGUAAUAUAAUGAAUAAUCAUAGUAUUACAACAUAUAUACAUAUAAUUUUUCUAAGCAAUCGUUGUUUUUAGGGUAGCUAUUGAUAUAUUAAGAUUUAGUUUGUAAGCUUUGCGAAAAAUUAAAGCGAUCUCGAUUUGAAUCUGAAAUAAU